AUGUACACAAAUAGAGGAUUUUUAAGAAGAGACAAAAACUCCAAAUGAACUCAAAAUAUUUUUAACCCAUAUCCCCGUAUGGUUAAGCAUAAACCCAGCACCCCUCUCAAUGUCAAACUAGGUAGCAUUGGCAGUAAGAAAUAAAAGAGAUAUGCAGUAUUUUCGCUUCAAUGCUAUUAAAGCGCGACUUAUAGCAUGCUAUACAUAUAGUUAAUACUUUAUUUACAUUCCUGCUAUAAUCAAAAAAAUAUGGCAAAAAAUUUUUUAAACUAAUGAAUAUAGAGAAAUACGCUAUAUUUCGCUUUCUUAUCGUAUUUUUGCAUGCAUCAAUCCAUUUGAGUUCUGUUUUAAAAAUUAAUAGGCACAAAUAGAUCAAUUCAAGCAUUACUGUGUAUCAUAUGAUAUACAAUAUCUACAUCAUUACGCUAAAUUAAUGCGUCUUAACAGAUUUAAUAUAAUUAAAUAGCUUAUUUACAUAUAAUGCAUGAUAUAUCUAAUUUAAAUUUAAUGCAAAACUAUGAGCUAAAUUUUAGAGCCAUUUAAAAAUGGAUUGCACAUAAUAGGGAUAUAAAAUAAGGUAUUAUAAAGACUAGGUAGUUAGGUAUUGAUAAGGGGGAGAUGCUUAUGCAUGGCCACCCGUACUACUCAGCUUGCUGUGCCUACGUAUCCUAAAAUAUACGAAGGAAAAAACAAAUCUUUAUCUCCUACAAAGCCUAUUAGCACUAAUGAAGAAGCUGACCUUUUAGAUCAAUUCGGAAUUAGAAGCAAGUUUAAUGGCAGUUUCAACCCAAGUCCACAACCUCAACCUAAGUUUGAAAUAGCUCCAACAGCAGGUUAUGAAUCAGCUUGAAGGCUUCAUCAAAGUCCUAAAGUUUUAAAAGCCCCUCCUCUAAAUCUUCACAAAACCAACUCAAUUUUUGAAAUUCAAAGCGACAAAGGCUAUGGUGGUUUUCGUCGAUUUGCAGGGAUGGGAUUUCUGAUUACGCCAAAUUUAGCCUUUACCACAAACAUGGUAAUCCCAAACGCCACCCAGGCUACUAAAUCAAGUGUGCAUUUUUUGGAUUCUUACAACAUUCCUCAUGGGUUUGACCCAAAUGAGUUUUUCUUUACGCAUGAAGAACUAAACUUUACUAUCAUUGCGUUUAAAAAAGCUCCAUAUGGUGAAUACAAGCUACCACUGCCGUUACACGAAUUUUUCUCUUUAAAAGUAGACGACCCUGUAGUGCUUUACCACAAAAAGGUAGACUGCAAAAACGCUACACUAAUAGAUGAAGAUACAUUUUGCUACACUUCAGGGACUGAUAUUCCCCAAGGCUUGCCAAUUUUUGAUUAUAAUUGAGAGCUGCAAGGAAUUCACAACACAUCGACAUUUGGGACUAAAAUAAACCAAGCAACCAGAGUUGAUGCCAUUUUUAGAUUUUUGCUUUCGAUAAGGCACAUGAUUAAACACCAAGAACUUGAUAUGAUGCUUGAAUCGCAGCCUUAUGAAGUUAUUCAGCAAGCUCCAAAAAAACCGGUUAUUGAGCAAAAUAUUUAUUUAUUUUGGUUCGAAUGAUUCACGAGAAAUAUUUUUCGAUAUAAUUCGACACUCGAACUAUGAAAUAGGCUUGAGCCUAGUAAUUUAAGGGAACUUGAUGCUUCAGAGAACUGAUAUUUUUUAUGAAAUAGUAGAAUGGCUUAUACGCCUACAGGAAAUUGUGUAAUCCUCGGAGGAGUUUCUGAUAGAAAAGGUACAAUAAAAAAUGAUGCUUAUUUAUACAAACCUUCUGAUAACACCUUGCAUAAAUUGCCAGGAAUGCUUGAAGCGAGAGAGUCACCAGCAAUAGUGUGCUUGGAACAAUAUGUAUUUGUACUGGGAGGAAGAGCAGGAUUAAGCACUUGUGAGAGAUUUAGCUUUGAUACAUAUGAGUGGGUAAGCAUUGCACCUAUGGUUCAAGGGAGGUAUUCUCAUUGUGCAUGCGCUUUACAAGGAGAUAGAUUUAUUUAUGCAAUCGGAGGGUGUCCUAUUGAAGUGGUUGGGAAAAGCAUUGAAAGGUAUUUGAUUGAAGAAAAUACGUGGGAACUUGUAGCUCUUGCUCUUCCUGAACCACUGACACUUUUUGGAGCUUUACCUGUUUCGCAAAAUAAAAUUGCACUGUUGGGUGGGAAAUACACUAAGAGGGUUUUUGUAUUUGAAGUAAAUGAAAUGUACAUUGAUACUCAUUAUAAUCCUAGAUACUUGAUGCCUGAAAGUGAUAUUUUUAGACUUCAUGAGAUCCCAAGCUUCACAAGUAAUGUGGAAACAGUAUUUCCAGUUGUAAUUGAUGAAGGAAGUGAUAAAGUUUUAAUAAUGUCUGGAAAUGAUGGCUAUGCGCAUUUGCAGCUGACAACUUAUCCCUAUAAGCAUUUCUUAACGCUCAGUAACCCUGUUCAACCACAGCUACAAAAAAAUACUCUCUCAAGGUCUUAUCCUGAGCUUUCACAAAUCAGAAACACAGGUCUGCUACCUCCAAUCCACUCGAAAGGUUAUUUAGUUUCUCCUCAUCAGUACAGCUCAAGCCGAAUGUAUCUAUAG